GGAGGCCGAGCAAGGGGAGGCGGGGUCUUCUCGGCCCUUGGCGCCGCUCCCCUAGGGCACCUUCGGAGUUCAGCGUUCUCCAGUAGCAGUGCUGAGGCGACAGCGUGGGAAGAAGUCCGAGACAAAGAUCUUGUUAUAGGAGUUCACAAAAAAAAUACCGACAUGUCAUGUUCUGCACCAUUUAAGAUGAGAUUAGUUCAUUUGGACCUCAAGGGAGCACCACCAAAGGUUUCAUAUCUCUCUGAGGUUUUUCCCCUGUUCCAUGCACUUGGUGCAAAUGGCCUCCUCAUUGAGUAUGAAGACAUGUUUCCCUAUGAGGGCCGCCUGAGGCUGCUGAGGGCCAAGCAUGCAUACAGCCCCUCUGAAGUUACAGAGAUCCUGCACCUGGCCAGACUCAGUGAGCUGGAGGUUGUUCCCUUGGUGCAGACAUUCGGUCACAUGGAGUUUGUGCUAAAGCAUGAAGCAUUUGCACAUCUCCGUGAAGUGGCUCUCUUCCCCAACACCCUGAACCCUCAUGAGGCUGAGUCUCUGGCAUUGGUAAAAGAUAUGAUUGACCAGAUUCUUGAGCUACAUAGGGGUGUCCGGUGGCUCCACAUUGGCUGUGAUGAGGUCUACUACUUGGGCGAGGGGGAAACCUCAAAACAGUGGCUACAGCAGGAACAGAACAGCCACGCGAAAUUGUGUUUGUCCCACAUGCAGGCAGUAGCCAGCCAUGUGCUGGCACAGCACCCUGGCACAAGACCCUUGGUGUGGGAUGACAUGCUACGAGACAUCCCCCAGGAACAGCUAAAAGCAUCUGGGGUGCCUCAACUGGUGGAGCCUGUGCUCUGGGACUAUGGAGCUGACCUGGAUGUCCACAGCAAAAUUUUCCUCAUGGGAAAGUACCAGGAAUGUGGCUUCCAGAGGCUGUGGGCUGCCAGUGCCUUCAAGGGGGCCACAGGAGCUAAUCAGGCCCUGCCCCCUGUUGAGCACCAUAUUAGAAACCAUGAGCAGUGGCUACAGGUGGCAGUCAGUGGUCCAGUGGAUACUCUACAAGGAAUCAUCCUGACUGGCUGGCAGAGGUAUGACCACUUCUCUGUGCUGUGUGAGCUGCUCCCCGUGGGAAUCCCAUCCCUGGCUGCCUGUCUACAGUUACUUGUACAUGGAGUCUUUGCUGAGGAUGUUAAGCUGAGAGUGGAACACUUCCUUGGGGUUUCAAGCCUGGAAAUAAUGGAUACUAUGAGUGAGGGAGCUGGUUCCUUCCCUGGCAGUGACAUCCAUGCCCUCGUCACACAAAUUAGUCUUCACCUGCGCAGCUCUGUGGAUACACUUCUGGAAAGGAACAGCCCCUCGCUCGGACAUGAUGAACGGGUGGUGGUAGCGUGGGUGCUACUGCAGCAAAUGGAGGUCCCACCGAGAUCCAAGAAAUAAGGGAUGUCACUGAUGGACACCUGAAAGUAAGGCUGGCCAGCAUUUUAAAGAAAAGAGAAGGUAAGGGUGAAUUGAAUUGAAAUGGGUGCAGCUAGCUCACAGUCGCUCCUCGAGGAACAGUUAAUUUGACUGCUGAGGCAGCAAGGCACUGUAGUUAAGAGCAAGACGGCUAAAGAUUUUGUUCAAAUCCUCCAGAACGUUAGUCUUUGGUUUCUGGUCUCUGGGGGAUUUAAUAUGCCAGAUUGGGAACAGGUCAAGGUUGACUUACAAAAAUAUUUGCAUAAAGAAGGGCCUGAUUCCAUACCCUUAGCUACUUUUUCUUUGUGGCACUUGUUUAAAGAUGCGUUACUUAGUGAUAAUGUCAAAGUUCAAGAACAAUUAACCGAAGCUAAAGCUGUGUUGGAGGAGUCUCAGAUAGAGGAGGCUCUCAGAUCCCUUCAAACUUCUGAUGUUUCUGACCCUGCAGAGUCGUCUUCAGAGGGUGAUGAUGUAGAAGUCAGAUUAGAAAAAGAUACGAGAUGCUUACGAGGGAAAUCACAGAAGAUUUCUUAAUAGGAUAGACCUCUAGCCUGUAACCCUGACUUUUGCAACACGAAGGUCCUUCCGCACCCAUAGAGGGGUUAAUGGGGGGAGUUGCUUACCCAGUUAUAGAGACUCAAAAUGCUCAAGGUCAGAGGCAAAGGGAACAUGAUCCCCUAGAUUUUAAAAGCAUUAAACAGAUUAAGGAAGCUGUAAUGUCAUAUGGGUCCCAUGCUCCUUUUACCACAGCUAUACUUGAAUCUUUUUCUGCCUUAAAUUGUACCCCUAGCGAUUGGAUGCAGUUGUGUUGCACUGCUCUCUCUGGCGGGGUGGGGGGAUUAUUUAAUUUGGAGGAGUGAGUUUCAAGAGCAUUGUCAAACUACAGCUAAUAGAAAUGCUGCUGCAGGCUUCCCGGCUCGUAAUCUUGAGAUGCUCAUGGGUACAGGGCAGUAUGCCACUUUACAAGCACAAAUUUUGUAUGAUCCCACAGUUUAUGCACAGAUUAGCGUAGCCGCUACCAGAGCAUGGAAAGGGCUGCCUAAUAAAGCUGCUGGUAAACAACUAUGUAAAGUCAUUCAGGGGCCAUCAGAACCAUUUGCAGAAUUUGUAGAUCGCCUGCUUCAAUUAACAGGGAGAGUAUUUGGGGAUGUUGAUCAAGCCAUGCCUAUAGUAAAGCAAUUGGCCUUUGAAAAUGCCAAUAAAUAUUGCAAGGAGGCCAUUAGGCCUCAUAAAAAUAAGAGCUUACAUGAUUAUCUUAAACUAUGUAGAGAUAUAGAUGGGCAUCGCAUCAUGGGACAGGUAAUGGCUUCAGCCAUAAGGGGAAAAUAUUCUGGAGGAGUACGGUGUAUGGAGCCCUGGAUACACCUGUCCCAACUCCAGUUUCCCACCAUGCCAUCCAGUUCAUUCCUCGAAGGAAUCCCUUUCUGUCCAAGACCUUAUCAGAGGCACCCCUGGAAGCUCAGGAUUGGACCUCUGCGCCUCUGCCAGAGCAGUAUUAACACCUCAGAUGGGCCCCCGGGCUCUCAGUACUGGAGUCAAGGUCCCACUACCUGCAGGGUCUUUAGGUCUGAUUCUGGGCAGGAGUAAUGCUCUUAUGCAAGGUAUUAGAGUAAUUCCAGGAGUGAUAGAUGAAGACUCUGAAGGAGAAAUUAGAAUCAUGGUUGAGGCUGGUAAGGGGGUGACAAUUAUUCCCCAGGGUGCUUGCAUAGCACAAUUGCUUUUGAUGCGUCGCUUUCAAACUAAUAAUCCUUUUCUUAAACCACAUAGAGGUGAGGGUGGAUUUGGCUCUACAGGCCCUCUAGCCUGCUGGGUUUCCACCUUAGAACAAAGACCCAUGCUAAAUUUAAAAACUAAUGAUCACAGUUUUCAGGGUCUUUUAGAUACUGGUGCUGACACUUCAGUUAUCUCUAUAAAACAUUGACCCAAAGCAUGGCCCCUUAAAAAUUCCACCUCUAACCUACAAGGUAUCAGCACAGCUCAGAUGCCAUUACAGAGCAGGCUACUCUUAAAUUGGAAGGAUGAGGAAGGCCACAGGAACUUUCCAACCCUUUGUGCUACCUGACAUUCCAGUGAACUUGUGGGGACGGAAUGUGUUAGAAGGUAUGGGAGCAGUGCUUACUACACAGCCUGUACAACAGAUGCUGAAGAGUCAGGGUUACUGUCUGGGCAGAGGCUUAGGGAAAAUGUUGCAAGGAGAUCCACUCCCUGUGGCAGACAAAAGCUGUGUUACUAGAUGUCCUGGGGAUACUAGAGGAUUAGGAUUUUUUCCAUAGGGGUCAAUGAACAGCAGCCUCCGAUAAUGCAACCGAUAAAAAUCACUUGGAAAAGUGAUGACGCUGUAUGGGUGGAAUGGUGGCCCCUUACUAAAGAAAAAUUGGACGCUGCGAACGCUUUAGUUUAGGAACAGUUAGAUGCUGGACAUAUCAUUCCUUCCACUUCACCUCGGAACACACCUAUAUUUGUUAUUAAAAAGAAGUCAGAAAAAUAGAGGCUAUUACAGGAUCUUAGAGCUGUAAAUAAAACCAUGCUUCUCAUGGGAGCAGCCAGCCUGACUUGCCUGCCCCUGUGGCAAUUCCUAAACAUUGGCAUUUAAUUGUGAUUGACUUGAGGGAUUGUUUCUUCACCAUUCCUUUGCAUCCUGAGGACAGUCCUUGCUUUGCUUUUAGUGUUCCUUCAGAAAAUCUUAAAGAACCUUAUCAGAGAUAUCAGUGGGCGGUUCUGCCCCAAGGAAUGGCCAAUAGCCCUACUAUAUGUCAAAUUUAUGUGUCUUUGGCCCUAGCUCCAGUUCGAAAAGCUUUUCCAGAUGUUUAUAUAAUUCACUACAUGGAUGAUAUUUUAUUGGCUGCUAAAGAUAAAAAAAAAAAACAAACUUGUUUUUGAUGCCUUUUCUAAAUUACAAGAGGUUCUUAGCCUGUCUAAU